GAGCAUGCGCAUUAGAACUUGUUUCUGACUAGGCUAAUGGCUAAACUAGUAAAUUGACAUUUAUUAGAUAAUAUUCACGACACAAUACUUUUUUCACGGUAUGUGUACACAUAUUUAUUGACGAUAUGUUUACAUACUAAUUAUUAGUGUUAAAUCAAUUCAUGGAUUUAUAAUCGAUCGAGUUCGAUCAUUUCAACAAGGAACGUGUACACAACGUCAUGACUCCGUCACAAACAUUGUUGUGUCGUUUUAAGAUUACUGUAAUGUAACAAUGUAAGGCCGGAACGUCUGAAAUUGAAAUCUUAGGGUUAAAAUAGAACUUACUCUGACAUCGACUAUUCGAGUCUGAACAGAAAGGAGGCAACCCGGAAGUGCAGUUCAAGAGCAGCAAAGUUCGCUGACACCUGUACAGGCCAUUUACUAACUCUUCUUCUUGCCAGUGUUACCUCGUUCUUCUUGACAACAUGCCCGAAAGACACACACCAAGGAUUGUGGCUGCCAGGAGCAGCGCCAGUGACAACCUGGAGGGCUUCAAAGCGCACGCCGUGUUCCAGGAGAUCAACAAGAAGCUGCAGCAGGUGAGAAGGUGGAAGAGGUCAAAGGUCGUUCCAAGGUUGCUCCAGGGUUCCAAGGUGCGUGCGAUGUUUGCGCAGGACGGCGACGCGUUCGUGAAGAAGAUCGGCGGCGUGUUUGCGUUCAAGGUGAAGGACGGUCCGGGCGGUAAGGAGGCCACGUGGUUCGUCGACGUCAAGAACGGCAGCGGCUGCGUGCACAACGACACGGCCAAGAAAGCAGACUGCACCAUCGCCAUGUCCGACUCGGACCUGCUGGCCUUGAUGACAGGAAAGAUGAAUCCACAGACGGCCUUCUUCCAGGGCAAGCUGAAGAUCACCGGCAACAUGGGCCUGGCCAUGAAGCUCCAGAACCUUCAGCUGCAGCCGGCCAAGGCCAAGCUGUAGACGCCCGGCGGGGUCACCCGGAGGCGGAGGCGGGGGCGGAGGCGCGGGAGUCCGCUCACACGACUCGAAGCGACCGAUUUUAGGACUUGGGACUUGCUCGGAUCGGAAGUAGGAAAUACUCGCCUUGACUUUGACUUAAAGUUAUGUGACUUGGCAAGUGUUGCCUGUUACAUUUGGAAAAUGUGCAUAACGAUUCAAUAUCCAAGUGUACCUUCUGUUUUGUUUUUGAAAGAAAAGUUAUUUUUUGUGAGCUUUGCAGCUACGAUGCAAAGUGCAGACGCAAGUAGUAAUUACUUUUUAAUUUGAAUUCAACUGUGAUUUAUUUUUAUUUUUUUUGGGGGGGGGGGAUCAAAAUGGGAUUAAGAGAGAGGCAAUAUGCAUGCGAGGUUUGCAAGUCAAAGAUAAGAGACGGACUCCAAUGACAUUUCACUUCAUUGGUGACUAUAAAAGCCAUAAAGACACAUGAGCUACAUUUAACAUCACAGUUGAUCAGUUAUGCUUUUAUUUGGCAAGACAAAGUAAUAAACAAUACCAAGGCUGUUUUGGGAGCAUGUUAGUCCAACUAACUAAUUAACGAACACAAGUACAGAUGGCUAAUGAACGAAUACAGUCGUCCCUCACCAGAUCGGGGUUCACUUUUUGACUUUUUUCCAUGUGGUGGAUCUUGAGCUGUACCGCAGAAUUUUGUGGCAUCCAUUUUGUCACUGCAGGCAAAGCGGCGCAAUCAGCCCCGGCCGGCAAGGAGGAAAUUGUGUGUAAAAGGCAGAGAAUGGCCAACGUGUGGGAUCAUUUUACAGUGCAAUGUGUGUGCCGCGGAGCGGAGCUGCUUCACACAAGUGCGUGUCUACGGUAAAGUAAGCGCGGUCGGCUCCUUGAACAUGCGUAGCCUACCACCGCUAGUUGGAACUAGCAUAAGAGGGCUCGACAGCAACAUGAUUUGCUCGCGCUCUUUCUUGGGUUGUUACAGCAUGACCACGCAAGUGCUGACUGGACUCCACUUGCCUUGUGUGACUUUUUUCUUUCUCUUUUUUCCCAGUUCGGACUAGAGACUCCCUCGAGACUUCCUCCCACCUCUGGCGGGAAGGGCCUCAAAGAUGGAGUCCAACACGUGUUUUACAUUUAGCGCGGCGUACUCAUUUACAUCCUUUUUCCACCUUUAAUCAUCUGAAGUCUUUUCUGUUCAUUUGGCCAACAUGGGCGCUGUUGCCUUAUCUUUUUUUUUUUUUUUUUUUUAAGCUCGCACUCAAUGAGGGUAAAGAACUCUGUGAAUUUUGAGCCGUUUAACUUGUAGGACCUUAAAUGCGGACGUCUGCGUCGCGUCGGUGCGUGACGGAAGCUUCCGGACUGCCGCGUUGACCCACUUUUCUGCUCGGCGCUCAGGCUGGGAUUACUCUGGCCGGAGCCCGCCGGGGAUGCGCGGGAUUGAUGUCAUCCCCCUUGUGUGCGCGUGUGCACAAGACACACUGGAACAUGUUGACGUCCCCGCACGAACAAGGUCACCUACAGGUUUUCGGAUUUGAUUUGGAAACCGCAGCGGUCUGAAAGUGUUGUUCGGGUCGUUUUUGUUGCAAUAUCACACUCUGCUCUAUCUGUGACGUGGCCUCCGGUUACGCUGACGACGGACAGCAAAGAUGCAAAAAAUGUUUUUUUAGGAUCCAAGAAAUGGUUUUUAGGGUUGACUUGGGACAUUUAAGUGUUUGUUUGUUUUUCAUAGAAAAAAAUUCUGAUGGAUCAAACUGUCUACAAUCUAAUCUUACAAUGUCUAGCUACAGUUCAUUCAUUAUUCAUUUUAAUAAAGUGCUCUGUGAAAUAGGAGUCAAGGCUAACAAACAGUGAUUGAUUGUUUUUAAGAUGAUCAACAAUUCCCUGUAAGAUUAAAAUAGUAAUGGUGACAAUAAAGUUUGUCUUUCAAACAA